AUGCCAACUUUCUUCUAUUUUGGAAAUAAAAUAAGAAAUCCAAAAAAGUUUGGGUGUAAAUUUAGAAAAGCUUUUAUUUUGGACUAUAACUGUGAAUGUUACAAACCUUUUGUUUGGCUGAAAGUUUGUUCAAUUGAAACAAAUUUUGGAAAUGAUUUAGAAUCUAAACCUUUUAAAUAUGAUAUUUUUGGAAGCUCAGUAAUUAAAAAAUUUUAUUGAGAAUUUUAUAUUUCGUUUUUGAUCCUCAAUCUACAACCAAUAAUAUCAUUAUUAUUCCGGACAAGUGCUGUGAUAGAUUAAAAAAUCAUCGUUUUCAUCUUCAAUCAUUGCAAGAUUUACAAACAAUUUUAAAGAUUUGUUUGUUUUGCAAUUUUUUAAGCAAAUGUCGAGUAAAUUUUUUCUUCGUU